CGACUUACCUUUAUCACUAAUAAGCGCACUAUGUAUACGCCUCGUUAAAGGCUGGUGGCUAUGUAGAUUGUGACAGUUAAGAAGUCCAGUAAUAAACAGAACGGUGAGGUUGUAUAGCAAUGCCUGCUGUUAAAUGAUUGGUAUUUCUGUUGCCUCAUUACUACAAUACGCAUUCUUUUGCAAUUGUAUGCACCGUCGGUAAUUCUUGGUUGUUCUGAGCACUGGCAGAAAGAUGGAAAAAAUAAAGGAAAGGUUGGCACCUAUUAAGUUCCCCGUGUGUAUAUUAUUGUUCAGCGGCAAAAGAAAAUCCGGCAAAGACUACAUAACAGACAGGAUAUUUGACAGACUUGGAAAAGACAAUGCUGCUAUGAUAAAAAUUUCAGCUCCCAUUAAAACUCACUGGGCAGAAAAGCAUGACUUGAAUUUUGAAGAAUUGAUGGGCACUGGUGAAUAUAAAGAAAAGCACAGGCAAGAUAUGAUUAAGUGGAGUGAAGAUAUCAGACAAAAGGAUUGUGGAUACUUCUGUCAAGCUGCUGUGGAAAUGUUUAAUGCACAUGAAAAACCAGUAUGGAUAGUGAGUGACACUCGAAGACGAUCUGAUCUGAAGUGGUUCAAGGAGAAUUAUGGUAAUGCUGUGAAGACAGUACGUGUUUUAGCAGAUGAUGAUGUUCGUACACAACGAGGUUGGGUAUUUACAACAGGAAUAGAUGAUGCAGAAACUGAAUGUGACUUGGAUGGAUUAACUGACUGGGACUGGAGCAUACUGAACAAUGGCAGUGAACCAGAGUUGGAAAAUGGAAUGCAGAAUAUUGUAUCAUGGGUUAACAGUACUCUCAGUUUAUAGUGCUGAAUAUGUUAAGAGCUACACACUGGCUUUGUGAAACGAGCAGUGCAGUGUCCAUGAAGUGUGUAAUAGAUUAAAGGAAACUUUUUUUACACUAUCAGUAAACAUGUGAAUAUAUGAUGAUGUCAUUUAACAACUUUACAGUAUAAAAGUUUAUUGUUUUUAUAUCAGAUACAAAAAAUUAAACACCAUUAUUAUUAUUA